AUGGUGUGAAAUACUGCUGUGGCUCAUGUUUGGUUUUCAGAUACAGUGAUAGUUUACCUGUAUUCAUCAUGAUUGAGGACUGUUUCAUCAUUGGCAACAUUCCAUACCUUCUGUGUACUAGACUCAACACCUUAUUUUUCAGUGUCCAUUACCACGGGUAUAUUGUGGAACAACUUCACAUGUAUAUGUUGAUUAAACCAAUGGAUGCCAUUGACUACCACCCACUUGAUGUGUAUGAUUAUCCAGCAGAACCUAAAAACAAAUUAGUAAUCCUAAGACACAAGAUAUCGCAUACUGACUGAAAUUACUUGCACUGAGUGGUAGAUGAUCAUCAACGCACAAAAUGGCUGUAUUUUCCUUCCAGAAAAUGCGUCUCAAAUUCCAUGUCACAUACAAGAGUUCGAAACGGAUCAUUGAGCAUGAAUCUGCAAAUGAAAGGGGAAAUGUGGAUGAGAUAACCAAGUCCAUAUGUGAACAAUUCAAAAUACCAAGAGAUGGGGAACAAGUGCAACUGCAGUAUUUUGAUAAAGAUUUUGGAGAUUGGGUUGAUGUGGCCCCAAUGUCUUCCCUUGAAAAUAUGACGAGAUUGCAAGUCCUGAUGACUGCAGCUCAUUCUGAUAAUGAACAUGAUGAAGCUGUGCCUACUCCAGUGUCUGAAUGCAGCGGUGAAUCUCCUAAAGCCAGUGAAGGCCCUACUUUGAGUACCACAACUUCACCAAAGACUUUCCGUGUGUGGCCAGUCCAGUUCAAUUUCCCGGUAUAUGCUCUACGUGCUGGAGUGCUGCAGAAGCUGCGAAGUGGUGAAAAGCUCAGUAGGGGAGAGAGGACACAGAUCACAGAUGCUGUCUACCAGGAGGUCACAAAGUAUACAUAUUACCCAAAAGAGUGGCAGUACACCGAGGUGGUCACAGCCUUCAUGGAGAAGUUUCCCAAGGUGAAAUCCAAUGAAAAUUUGUCAAUGAGUCUGUGGCGUCAACGGAUUCAAUAUAGGUUUCAAAAUGACCGAAGGCGUAGAGAUUGUGUGCCAGGAAAACGCCGACUUGCAGAUCCAACUAGUACAGCAGCAGGACCACCUCCAACAAAGAACGACAAGCUCAUGUGGGGACUCAAAAACUACAUCAGUCAGCGACCAGAGGGCGAAGACAGUACUUCAAUUGAACGACAUCAAGCUGCUAUGAAGGUGGAACUCGCGAAGAGAAACCCAGACCGGAGUCGUGUUGAUCGCCUGAUGGCACUGACAUUUGCUGACCGCAGGGAAUUCAUCAUCAAAGGCAAUCCACUGAUGGCUGACAUCAAGGCACGUUUUCCUGCACUUCUUGCAGGGGGAAGCGAGGUAUUUAUAUGGCUUCUGGCUGGCACUUAACUUGCUAUUGAGAACAAGUAAUGUGAUAACUGAACACAAAAUGAG